CACAUCCUUGCGGACCAGGGAAGUGGACCUUGCUCAGCUUGCUUCCUGAUCCUCCUGGUUGCAUCCUGGUAGCCGGGAACCAUGGACAUUGAAGCAUACUUUGAAAGAAUUGGUUAUCAGAACUCCAGGAACAAACUGGACUUGGAAACAGUAACUGAAAUCCUUCAGCACCAGAUACGGGCUAUUCCCUUUGAGAACUUGAACAUCCACUGCGGGGAACCCAUGGAGCUGAGUUUAGAAGCCACCUUUGAUCAGAUUGUGAGAAAGAAGCGAGGUGGGUGGUGUCUCCAGGUUAAUCAUCUGCUCUACUGGGCUCUGACCAAAAUGGGCUUUGAAACCACAAUGUUGGGAGGACAUGUCUUUAACCCUCCAGCCAAUAAGUACAGCAGUGGCAUGAUUCAUGUUCUAGUACAGGUGACCAUCAGUGGAAAGGACUACAUUGUUGAUGCUGGAUUUGGACGUUCCUACCAGAUGUGGGAACCUCUGGAAUUGACAUCUGGGAAGGAUCAGCCCCAGAUGCCUUCCAUCUUUCGUUUGACAGAGGAGAAUGGAACCUGGUACUUGGACCAAAUCAGAAGAGAGCAGUAUGUUCCAAACGAAGAAUUUGUUAAGUCAGACCUCCUUGAGAAGAACAAAUAUCGAAAAAUCUACUCCUUUACUCUUGAGCCCCGAACUAUUGAGGAUUUCGAGUCCAUGAAUGUCUUCCUUCAGACAUCGCCUGUGUCUGUGUUUACAAGCAAAUCAAUUUGUUCCUUGCAGACCCCAGAAGGGGUUCAUUGUUUGGUUGGCUACACCCUCACUUAUACGAGAUUUAGUUUUAAGGACAAUGUAGAUCUUGUAGAGUUUAAGCGUCUGACUGAUGAAGAAAUAGAAGACGUACUGAAAACUGUAUUUGGGGUUUCUUUAGAGAGAAAACUUGUGCCUAAACAUGGUGAUCAAUUCUUUACCAUUUAGAAUAUGCAAAGUUAUGGUGUCCUUCCGUGUACUUGGAAUUUUUAUGAUAAAAUAGUUCAAACUGGUGACGUGGACAAACCAGUGAUCAUGCUGAUUUGUGCUAGGAAAUACCCAGCACUGGUUUACUGCUAAAUUUAUAUAGAAUUUGUGCUGAUUGUUAAGUAAAAGGAACCGUGUGAAAAUCAUUCCCAUUAAAUUCAACCAGCAUGUAUCUCAUAUCAAAUUUUUAUGAGGUAUUACCUGUACAAUUUAAGAUUUGGAUUCAUUAAAGAAGAA